GCGUUUUGCCGAGAGCGUAUUUACACAACGCGUACAUCGUGAUCAGGUGUGAAGGCGCGAUAGAGUAAUACCCGACUGUAGCACAGAGUAUCGGGCACACGGGUACUAGGUUGCAGGUUCAAAGAUGUGGAGGGGCUGGAUAGUGGCAUGUCUGAUAGGCUGCUCCUGGGCCCAGCCGGCCAAACAGGAAAUGGGCAAGAUGUACAUGUCCCAGACAAAGCAAUCGGAUCUGGAGUCAUCAGCCAGUGGGUACGUCUUCAAGAACGUACCAGCUGAGAAGUACGCCAAGAUCAUCGAGGAGAGUCUGGAGGGUCUCGAAGACUUCGGGGACGCACCUGCUUCGGUCGCACCUGCGUCUGCGGCCAAGUCCAGGUCUGACGCCGAGUUCCUUCCGCUUCCACUUGGUGCUGAUCCCGAGGCAGAGAUGCUACCCGUUCACUAUACGGGUCUGAAGCCACCCGGAGUCGAUCACAUGGAACUCACCUUCUUGGAACCAGUCAUCCUGAGUUCCAACCGGAAGAGCACUCUCGUGGAGGGCUCCGCGGAGGCUGACGCUGCUCCUACGACCCAGGUCAAGGCUCUCGACUUCGUGGACGGCGCCGGGAAGCAGUUCGCAGCUGCCCAACAGGCCGCCAGGGGGGCCCAGGGCGAAAAGGGUUACAAGAAGGCUGAGGUCUUCGACGAGGGCAAGAAGGGCCAAAGCGCCAAGGAGAAUCAGAAGGGCGAGUAUGCUGAAGCUGCUGGGGCCAGGAAGGCGCACUCUGGUAGGGAGAAUCAUUACACGGGUCACAAGGAUGCAGCUGCGGCCGAAAAGGGGGCCAGCUUUGAGAUCGAGGGUAGCCACGCCAAGGGCCGUAACAAUAAGGGCUUUCACAAUGUCUAUCACAAGGACGAGUACAAGAAGGACUCUGAUUUUUAUGACAGCGAUCAGAAGGGCGGUCACUUCAAGAAGCAUGGCCGCUACGGUGAAAAUCAUGCGGUGCUGGAGGGCGCCUAUGACAAGGGCGGUAGCAGCGACUCUGGCUUUGCCCAGGCCGAGGCUGCUAAGGAGGGCAAGGCCGAGAAGGGUCGUUCCCAGGAGGAAGCUCAAGGUCAUGCGGCUAAAGAAGGCUACGGCGGCUUCUUCGGUAACUUUGAGGAAUUCGCCAAGAAGAGCGGCGCCGCCGAAGGUAAAAAGUAUGGGUUCAGCAGCGGUGACUCCGGCAAGGCCCGUUAGUCUCAGCGGCUGGAUGUACUCUGAGACGCUAUAUGAUUAUAGAUAAUGUACAGUAGAUAUAGAGCUUACGUAUUAAGCUAGGUCUUCCUCUCCUUUUUUUUACGUUAUUAUAUAUUUAUUUAUUUACACAUACGCGCUUGUGAGUCACCAUGUAUCUCGCUAUUUAUUCUCAACGACGUGCAAUAAUAUUCUCAAAGUUCUAACCUGAGCACGGUCUGUAACUUUUCUACGUGAUUCUUAUUUUUUUUUACUAUUUGUCCUGUGCUAAAUUCUAUACAACUUUUUUUUUUCUAUGCAUGUACGAAAGACCGUUUCUCGUUGGAUUUAAAUGAGAAAGAAUAAUCCACUGGUCGUUGUAUUUUUAUUGUCCCACCCCUUAGGUAUUACGUCCUUUAAAGUCACGUGGCGUAUCAUGCAAUAAUAUCACGUACACACAGAAGUGAAAGUAUCAGCAGCUAACCAACCGUACGGUCAAUGAAACGGCAGAUUGAUUUCUAUUUAAAAAAAAAAUAUAAAUAAUUUUUACGCAAUUUGUUAAUAAAUAAAAAAACGAAAUAGCUAUUCAAUGCAUAGGACGAACGUGUCGGCAUUAUCCGCAGUGGAGAAGAACGCCCCCCCGAGAAAGACAGAAGAAAAUAAUUAAUAAAAAUAAAAGACAAUCGAUAAUCAAUAAAUCAUAUCAGUCGAUUACAUCCAUAGAUUGGAUACGGUAACUGCAUUCUUUUUUUAUGUAAAAAAAAAUUAUUUUUUUUCGAAAAUAAUCCUGGAACCGUUACGUCACACCGGCUCUUUUAUUAAUCGA